UCUGGACUUGGAGGAUCUGGGCAGUGGGAGAGGCUGCUGGGGAGCCGGGAAAUUGUAUUCGAUUCGGAAUAAGCCAAGAAGAAGCCAUAUUGAUUAUAACACAGUGUAUAUAAAUAGAUUAUAAUUUUAGUUUAGGAAGGCUGGUGUUAACACCAAAACUGUCUGUUUUCCCCAGUCUUUUGCCGAUAUCAUUAACAAUUCAAAUUAAGAAGUGGUAGGUACAAGCAAGCGGUAGAGGUCAAGAUCAUGGACCCGUGGGUGGUGACACCUGCAGAGCGUGCCAAACACGACCAGCAGUUCGCCAACCUGGGCCCGUCGCCUGCUGGACUGGUCACCGGUGACCAGGCCAAGGGGUUCCUGCUGCAGAGUCACCUCCCGCCAGCUGUCCUCGGCAAAAUAUGGGGACUCGCCGACCACAACGCCGACGGAAAGAUGAACAGGGACGAGUUCAGCGUGGCCUGCAAACUCAUCACCAACAAGCUGAAGGGGUUCGAGGUGCCGGCCACGCUGCCGCCGGCGCUGCGCGCGCUGCUCUCGCCGGCCUCCGGGACGCCGCCCCCGGCAGGGAUUGUGUCGCCGCCUCAGAUGACUCCGGCCGGCCUGGGCCAGCCGCUGAUCCCCGGCGUCGGUAUGUCCCAGCCGCUGGUGCCCUCUGCCGGUCUGGGACAGCCGCUGGUGCCCGCCGGCGGUCUCGGCCAGCCGCUGGUGCCGUCUGCUGGGCUAGGACAGCCCCUGGCGCCCGCCGGCGGGCUGGGACAGCCGCUGGUCCCGGCUGGCGGUCUCGGCCAGCCGCUGGUCCCGGCUGGCGGGCUGGGUCAGCCGCUGGUCCCGGCUGGCGGGCUGGGCCAGCCGCUGGUACCGGCCGGCGGCGGGCUGCCCGGGCAGAUGGGCGUUACGGCCCCGCUGGUAGCCACCGGCCCCGUGGCCGUUCAGUCGGCCGCGCCCGUCGCCGCCGCCGCGCCGCUGGCUGCCAGAUCGAGGUCUGACUCUGUUGCCAGCCAAGAUUCGACGCAGAGCGGCGCGGCCGCCGGCGACUGGGCGGUACCGCAGGCCUCGCGGCUUAAGUACACGCAGACCUUUAACCAGCACGACCGGACCAAGUCCGGCUACCUGUCGGGGCCGCAGGCGCGCAACAUCCUGGUCCAGAGCGGCCUGCCCAACAACGUACUGGCCCAGAUCUGGUCUCUGUGCGAUGUGGACCAGGACGGCCGGCUGUCGUGCGACGAGUUUGUGCUGGCGCUGCACCUCUGCGAGCGCACGCGGCUCGGCGACAAGCUGUCCAACACGCUGCCGCCGGAGCUGGUGCCGCCCAGUUUCCGUCGGGUGGCGCGUAGCCGCACCAUCAGCACGGGCUCACAGCCGGGCGACGCCGAGCCGGUGCUGUCCCCGUCACAGCAGGCCUCGUUCGAGGACCGCCGCCGGGAGAACUACAACAAGGGCCAGGCAGAGCUGGAGCGCCGCAGAAAGGUGCUCGAGGACCAGCAGCGGCGCGAGCAGGAGGAGCGCGCCCGCAAGGAGCGCGAGGAGCAGGAGCGGCUGGAGCGCGCCCGCCUGGAGCAGGAGCAGCGCCGCCGCGAGGAGCUGGAGCGCCAGCUGGAGCGGCAGCGCGAGCUGGAGCAGCAGCAGCAGGAGGCGCGUCGCCGAGAGCUGGAGACCAGGGAAGCGGCGCGCAGGGAGCUGGAGCGUAAGCGUCAGGAGGAGUGGGAGAACCAGAAGCGCCAGGAGCUGGAGUCGCAGCGGCAGCGGCAGCAGGAGACGGUGCUGCGGCUAAAGGCGCAGAACACGCAGCUCAUGGUGCAGCUCAGCUCGGCGUCGGACCGCGUCAAGGAGCUGACUCAGAACAUCAGCGACACGCGGGCCGGCGUCACCGACGUCAAGUCGACCAUCGACGGCAUGCGGGCCACCCGCGACACCCACAUGGCGCAGCUGACCGCGCUGAAGGCGCAGCUGCGCGAGCAAAACAACCGGCUGCUGCAGGUCAACCAGGAGCGGGCCAAGCUGGAGGCGCGUAAUAAGCUGAACGACGCCAAUAACCCGGUGCAGGCGGGCCUUGAGAGCGUGGCCAUGAACUACGACAGCAAGCGACACAUCAUCGAGCAGCUGCGCCGGCGCCUGGAGGCGGCGCAGGACCAGUGCUCGGAGAAGGAGUCGGAGCUGGAGGGCCGCCUGCACGACCUGAAGGAGGCCAAGGACGUGCUGAACUCGCUGGUGGCCAGCUGCCAGGAGGUGAACACCCAGCUGGAGCUGAAGCGGCAGGCGGUGCUGCAGCGCCGCCAGGGCCAGCGCACGCCGGACGCCGCCCCCGCCCCCGCCACCACCGGCGCCUCCUGGGCCACCUCUCCUCCGGCGCAGCAGCAACAGCAGCAGCAGCAGGGCUGGGCGGCCGACUUUGGCGCGCCGGCCUGGAGUUCCAGCGCGCAGCCGGCCGCCUCCUCCGGCGCCGACUUCGGCUCCUCGGCGUGGGCGCCGGCCGCCACCGACUGGAGCGCGCCCUGGGACUCGAACAAGAGCGCCGGCGGCGGCGGCGGCGGCGGCGGUGGCGGCGCCGCGGACCCGUGGGGAGAGGCGGCCACCGGCACUCCGGCGGCCAGCGGCGACGGCCCCCGCAAGGUGCCCUAUACGGCUCUGUACGCGUUCGAGGGCCGUUCCGCCGACGAGGUGUCCUUCCAGCCGGGCGACACGGUCCUGAUAAACCUGGACGCCAACCCGGAGCCCAGCUGGCUGGAGGGCGAGGUCAACGGCCGCGUCGGCUGGCUGCCCGAGUCGUACGUCGCACCGGCCGACGCCAGCGUCGGUGUCGCCGCGGACGGCUCGUCGGCGGUGAACGGCACCUCCAGCGCCGCGCAGUCGGAGCAGGAGCCGCCGGCCGCCGAGCAGCCGCCAGCUGCCGACGGAGCCGCCACGGAGCCGGUGUCAGCGGCGCCGCAGCAGACGGCGAGUCCAGCGGUAACGUCAGGAGAGCGGUACGUGGCGCUGUACACGUACGAGUCGUCCGAGCCCGGCGACCUGGUGUUCCAGCAGGGCGACACCAUCCUGGUGACGGAGAAACACGGCGAGUGGUGGACGGGCACGCUGGGCGCCGCCACCGGCAUCUUCCCUUCCAACUAUGUCCAGCUGCUCGAGGAGCAGCCGGAGCCGGAGCCGCCGGCCGCGACGCCCCAGCCCAGCGAGCCGACCACCGAGCAGAGUCAGCCGGCUGACCGACAGCGCACGGAAUCGGUUGGCCACAGUGCCAGGCCGCUGGGCGUGGGACGCGCGCCCAGUGUCAAGAAGCGGAAGGGUGAGGUGGCGGUGGCGAUCGCGCCCUACGAGGCGACCAGCUCUGAACAGCUCUCACUCUGCCGCGGCCAGCUGGUGAUGGUCCGCAAAAAGUCCGAAACCGGCUGGUGGGAGGGCGAGAUUCAGAUGCGUGGCAAGCAGCGCCAGCUCGGCUGGUUCCCGGCCUCGUUCGUCAAGCUGAAGACCUCGCGGCGCAUGUCGAUCCCGGACGAAGCGGAGCCGCCCAUGCCAGACGCCCAGUGCCCCGGCGACGCACCCGCGCCCGACCCCGGCGCACCCAAAGAGCGCGUGGUGGCGCAGUUCCCCUACUCGGCGCAAAACGACGACGAGCUCACAUUCCAGGCGGAUGACGUCAUCACUGUGGUGAACAAGGACGACACGGCCUGGUGGAAGGGCGAGCUGCACGGCGUGGUGGGCCUGUUCCCGUCCAACUACGUGGCUCCCCAGUAUGAUGACGGCGCCGCCACGACCUACGACAGACAGCACUCGUACGGGUACGACCCCCCGGCGGACGGGUACGACCCCCCGGCGGACGGGUACGGCCCCGCGGCGGACGGGUACGGCCCCGCGGCGGACUGGUCGGGCGGGGCCGGCCGGCAGCCGCCGCCGGACGGCGUCUGGGAGGACAGCUGGUCCAGCUCGGAGGAGGGCGCCGCCCCGUACGAGGAGGCGCCCGCCGUCGGCCCGCCGGUGACCACAGAGCAGGACAGGCAGCGCCAGGAGGCCAUCGCGGAGCUCAUCGACAGCGAGCGCAGCUACUUGGCCAGCAUGGCGCUGGUCACUGAGGUGUUCCGCCGUCCGCUGGCGGCCGCCGGCCUGCUGACGCGCGAGGAGUCGCACGCGCUGUUCGUCAACUGGUCGGACCUGGUCAAGACCAGCCGCAAGCUGGUCGUGUCGCUCAAGGUGCGCCGGAAGAUGUCGGCCGGCGGCGUCAUCCAGCUCAUCGGAGACAUCAUGUGUGAAAACCUGCCGCACAUGGAGUGCUACAUGCGCUUCUGCAGCUGCCAGCUGCGCGCCGCCACGCUGCUGCAGAAAAAGGUGCAGCACCCGCGGUUCGACGAUGCGGUGCGCCGGUGUCAGAGCGACCCGCGCGCCGGUGGGAUGCCGCUCAGCAGCUUCCUGCUGAAACCCACCCAGCGCGUCACCAAGUACCCGCUGCUCAUCAAACAGAUACUGAAACACACGGCCGUCGACCACCCGGACCGAGCCAACCUCGAGGAGGCGCUCAACCGCGCCGAGGAGCUCUGCAGACAGCUGAACGAGGGUGUGCGCGAGCAGCAGAACACGGACCGAUUGGAGUGGAUGCAGGAACACGUGGACUGCUCUGAGCUGCCCGAGCGGAUCGUCUUCAACUCGAUGACCAACUCGGCCGGGCCGCGGCGCCUGCUCCACUUCGGCCUGCUGAAAAAGACGAAGAGCGGUCGGGAGGUGGUCGUGUUCCUGUUCAACGACUUUGUGCUGCUGACGACUCCCAGCCGGCCUCUGGGAAACGUCAGUCAGCUGGAGUUCGACCGCAACCUCUCCAACCUCCGGUUCAAACUGUACAAAAAGCCGCUGUUCCUGGCCGAGCUGGAGGUGAGCGUGCCUCCGGAGUCGCCCGACGCUCUGCUGCUGACCGGCGCCGGUCUGGUGGUGUCGCUGACGGCCGGCGGCGGUGUGGCGCGCGACCUGUGGCUGCGCCAGCUGCGCGCCGCCCAGGAGUCGUACCGCGCCCUGGAGCGGACCCAGCUGCAGCGACAGCACUCGCGCGAGGCCAAGUUCGCGGCGUGCGGCCGUCUGCUGGUGGUGAUUAUGUCGGCUAACCGGCUGGUAGCCGCCUCUGCUGACGGCAAGAGCGACCCGUACUGCGAGCUGACCAUGGGCAGCCAGGUGCAGCGCACGCCCGUCGUCGAGGGCACGCUCAACCCGCGCUGGAACCACAGCAUGCAGUUCCUGGUCAAAGACGUGCGAGACGACGUGCUCUGCAUCUCGGUGUUCGACCGCGACUACUUCUCACCGAACGAGUUUCUGGGUCGGACCGAGCUGCGCGUGGCCGAUGUCCACGGAGACAACCAGCGCUACCGCGGACCCAUCAUCAAACGCCUGCCGCUGCACGAGGUCAAACGCGGCGAGGUCGAUCUCAAGCUGGACCUGCAGAUUUUCGACCAGCCCCAGUAGCGCCCCUGGCGGCCGGCGGCGCAAGCUCGGCGGCGGCGCCCGCGGACCACGCUGGGUGUCUCGCCGCGGCGCGGGAAGGUUGGAUCUUGCCACUCGGUUGUUAGCGUUGUAGCUGUUGGUGUUUUCUGAUGGCAGUGUUUGUGUCUUUAUGUACCCCGGCUGCUCGUGAUGCUGAGCAGACCCUCGGUUACCGGACGGCGCGACUCGUGUCUCACCGAGAGCUCGGCAUAUUGUUCCUGUAUGCGAGCUUGCCUACCCAUGGUUGUUAUUGAGCCUCCGCUUUCGACUUUUUUCGUAAAUGGCACAUCGACGAUUACCUGCUACCUGAUGAUGACGUAUUUAAGGUGGUGUUUCAGGGCUCAGGCCAAACUUUCACAGAGAAUGUAACGAGAGGGGGUCGGGCCGGGUCGGGUCGGGGAGCUAGUCAGCCAGACUGUGCGGAGGGUGUACGGAGGGGGGGGGGGGACCGGAGCACACAUUCCCGCUGGAGGCACGCCGCUCGGUGGACCACGGGCAGACACUGCGGACCGCCGGCCGUCCCUCAGAUGGCAGCGGCCGGCGCCGGGCAUCCCCAGCGCCUCCCCGCUACCGCGCCGCCCAGCGCACAGACACGGCGCUGUGACAGCAGGAGCUGCCGGCUGGGCGCACCUCGCCGGCUCCGAAUGGGCCGGGACGACUCAGAGUAUGUACCGGUGUGUACGGGGCCGGGACGACUCAGAGUAUGUACCGGUGUGUACGGGGCCGGGACGAUGUCAGAGUGUGUACCGGUGUGUACUGGGUAGUGUGUGCGGGGCCGGGACGAUGUCAGAGUGUGUACCGGUCGGGUCAGCCACGUGACGAGCUGUACCACCGGGAGCUGCAGCUUGGUUCAAAACCAGAGAUUCGCUGUAUGUGUAUCCGAGCUAUAUCAAUAAAUGUCCCGCAAACUGUUGCGCUUUCCGUCAA